AAACUUUGUAGUGCUCUGGAGCAAGACCAUGCAAAGCUACAGAUGGCCAAGGAAGCUGUAGAGCAAACGACACGAGAGCUGAGGAAAGAGGGAGAACUUCUUCAUAAAAAUCUCCAGCAACAGAUGUCUUUAAACAGAGGUGAAGAGAAAGCCUGCCAGAUGGACAUUUUUUUAGCAAAGGAGGAGGAGAACAGACUGAGGCAGGAGAAGCAGGUGCUGAAAAAGAAGCUGGAAGAAGUGAGGAUGAGGGUCCUUUGGGAGGAUCCAGCGAUGAUGCUGUCUGCCUUGCCAGAGAAGAAAAUGGUGUUUAAGGGGCUUGUAACAAACAAGGAGGACACGAACAAGCUGAUGCUCACCCCGCUGAUCCGCUACCCUCUGCUGGGGGGCUCAGCUCUCAUCACCUUUGAGAAGGCAGAGGUGGCCCAGAUGAUCAUUGAGAUGAAGGAGCACAUGGUGGACCUGAGCUACGGGGAGGAGCUGGAGGAGCUCGACCGGUGCAGAGUGCGAGUGCAGGCGGCGCCGGUGGAUAUACCGCUGCCGUCUGCCCUGGAGAUCGGGGUGACUUGGAGCAGCAGGAGCAUCCUUGUGUCUGACCUGCCCAGCCUGGGCAUCCCUGAGGAGGCACUGCUGGACAAGCUGGAGCUCUUCUUCAGCAAGACAAAAAAUGGGGGUGCCGAGGUAGAGAGCAGGGAGUUCCUGGAUGACCCUGGCCAGGUUGUGCUGACCUUCGCUCAAGACGGAGUGGCAGAGCCUCUAAUUGCGAGAGGACGCAUCCAGGUGCCUAUUGGGAAAGGGAAAUACGAGGUCAAAAUAUCACCGUGCAUGAGCGGCGAGAUCGCAAACCUGCAGCUCCAGCCCUCCCGCUGCCCCAGGACUGUCCUGCUCUUCGGGAUCCCAGACGUGCUGGAUGAGGAGUCCAUGAGGGACGCCCUGGAGAUCCACUUCCAGAAGGCCAGCCUCGGUGGGGGAGAGGUGGACGCCCUCGCCUACGUCCCGGCAGGACGACUGGGGGUGGCUGUUUUCGCGGAGGACGCGGGCUAG